AUGAAAGAUAAAGAAUUUUCCAUCAAAGAUAAAAUAGAGAAAGAAUCUAUUGCACUAUUUAAAAAAAAUUUAUUAAAGGAAAGUUAUAACUGGUUUAAAGAUACAGAUUAUUUUGUUAAACUAAAAAAUGAGAAUAAAUAUUCUAACAUAGAAAAUAAAACGGAGACAAAAAAUUUAGUAACAGGUAGGGUACAACUAGGAUGGGGAGGGACUUUUUUUUUAUUAUGUUGUGUUGUUGUAAUAUGUGAUAACUCGGCAUGGCAAUCUUGUAACCACUAUAUAGAUAGUAUAUUUUAUUCUCCAGAAUCUUUAACUCUUGUCUAUUCUUUUCUUUUUAUUGUUUACGCAUUUCCUUUAUUCAUUUUUCAUCAAUGUUUAGGUUUAGUUUCGCAAGGUAAUUAUGUUAAAUCUUGUAGAAUGCUUUCAUCACAUUUAGGCAUUUUAAGUAUAUUUUCUUUGUUUGGAACUAUAACAUUCUGCUCAAAAGAAAUUUGUAAUUUUUCAAUUGAGUUACUACAAAACUUCUUAAGAUUAUUUAAUAGUUCGAGGGAAAAAGAAUAUGGUAUGACAAAAAUAUUUAUUGAUUUAACAAACAGAAAAAAAGAUUGUUCUUCAAUUCCUAACACCAUAUUUGUUGAAUCAUUAGAUCAGUGUGUUUCUUUUAGUGAUAAACUAAUUGUAAACUUUUAUGAGAGCUUGUGGUUCAUUGGAAAUAAAUACAAUUAUGUUUAUUUAAUAAUAAUUUCUACGAUAUUUAUACUUUUUUGCUAUUUCAUUUUAUUAAAAGAGAAUUUCAGAGUUUUCAAAUUUUUUAUUUUUGUAAUCAUAAUUAAUUGGAUAACUACCAAAUCGGUUGUCAUUAUGAAUACUUUUUUUUCUUAUAUUCCUCAACCAAGAAAAAUAUAUGAAGAAAUAGUUCUUAUAUUUAAAGAGGUAGGUUUUGUAAAAUUAACUAUUUUUUUAUAUGGUACUGUGGCAAGAAGUUCUUCUAUUUUUAUUUUAAGUACAUUUGCUUCUUACUUUCAUACGAACACAAAUAUAUUAAAAAUUAGUAUUUGUACUUUUGCAUUUUAUAUUUUAAAUAUGUAUUUCUAUUUAAAAAAUGAAGCACAUGAAUAUUUUUUGUAUAAUCAAAAUUUAGGUAAUAAGACUGAGUAUAAUUUUAUUAAAUGUAACACUUAUAUAAAUCUAUUACAUGAAUUAAAUAAUCAAAAAGAUCAGGUUAAUAGUAUUCAAUCAAAAGAUAUGUACGUAGUCUGGCAAAAAUUAUGUUUAUUUUUUAGCACAUAUUCUUUUCUAUUUUCUACAUUAUUUAUAGUAUUAAUGCAAUUAUUAGGGCCUUUUAAUAUUUUAAGUGAAACACAUUAUAAAAAUGAAUAUGAUAAUGAAAGAAAAAUAUAUUCCUACAAAUCACUUGUUAAAAAAUACGAAAAAUAUGAUUUAAAACAUUCUAUCUCAAACAAUAGAUCUUCCUCUAAAAAAAAAAGCAUAUCUAAUGAUGAUUUUAAAAAUAAGAAAAUGUUCUUUUUAAAUUUAAAUAUUUUUGGGGAAAAAAAAAAUAAAGUUACAGAAUGUAAAAGCUACUUGGAAGAACAAAUUUCUCAUAAAACCAAAAGUUUUAAAGACGCUAAAUCAAAUAGAGAAAGCUCCUUUAUUUCAAGAAAAAAUAGUUUAUUUUUUAAUGAAAAUUCUCGAAGUUACUUACUCUCUAAUUUUGUUAAAAGAGGUAAAAAUUUCUCAUAUGAUGGCGGGGACGCUGCUAAGAUAAAUUUAAAUUUUGAAGAAAGCUCUUUAGGUAAUAAUACUGAUACAAAAAGUAACUAUGACAGCAGCAAGGAAGAAAAUAAAAAUGAAAAAUAUACUUCCAUUUAUCAAAAAGAAAAAGAUAAUAAUAUUUAUACUGAAAAUAAUUCAGAUUAUUCUAAAGAAAAAAAAAGCUAUAAUUUUAGUAGAGUUGAACAAAAUAAUAAUUACAAUAAUGAAAAAAAAAAAAAAAUUAACACAAAUAAAACAUCUGAUGAAGAUUCAGUAAUAACAGCUACAGAAAGAAAGAAAAAAAAAAAGAUAAAGAAAAAAGAAAAAGAAAAAAAGCGUGUAGCUAUUUCAAAAUUUAUAUCAAAAUUUAAUUACAUAAUAAUGAAAAAAUAUGGAACUUUUAUAUUAUUUUUUGUAAUUUACAUAUUUACUAUAUUACAUAUAGUAGACUUUAAGAGAAAUAAUAAUAUUAUAAGUGAAAUUAUUUUAUAUUCCUUGUACAGGAGUUUUUUAAUAUUUAUUAUCUGUGUUCAAAUAAUUUAUUCCUCGUGGAUAUUUGGAAUAAGAUUGCAAAUGAGUCAAUGCGGAGUUUUAUCAUGCUCUCUUAACUUUAUUACAUGGAUUAUAGUAUUGCCAACUUUAUAUUUAAUAUAUUUUAAAAAAAAAUUAUGGAUGAAUAUAUUAGUUGUUGGUAUCCUUUUGAAUGUAGUAACAAUUAUAACAUCAUAUAUUGAAGUGAAGAAAAAAUUAAAGGCACGAGAAUUAAAUGGAAUAAAUGAGUGCAAUAAAAUGUUGGUUGAAUAUAGCAAUUUUGUUAUAUUAAAAAAAUGCUUAUAUUGGUUAUAUUUCGGUAAUCUUGAAAUUUUAAGAAAAAACAUUAACAUAGCUAUAUCAGGAAAUGAAGAAAAAUACAUUCCUUUUUUUUGGAAUUUCUUGUUUAAAUAUAUAAACUCUUCAAUGUUAAUAAUUGUAAUUAUCAGAAACACAAAAGAAUAUUUUAUUGAUAUGCUUGAUGUUUUUGAGAGAACUUUUAGUUUACAAAUAGAAUUAAUUUCAAUUUUUAUGGUUUUAUUUGGAUCUUUUAUUGUUCUUCUUAAUAACCUUUAUAAAGAUUAUUACAAACCACAAAAUGUUAUAAUUCCAUCUAUUCCUAUGGUAUGCCAUAAUAAAAAGAGAUAUAUUUUUGUAGAUUAA